GCGACUCCUCCCUCUGGCCCUGGAAGGUCCCCACUCUAAGGAAUAAACAAACCCACUUGUGGCUCUUUCCUGCCUUGGGAGCAAAGAGAAUUCUCCAGGGAGUGAAUCUAAGGAGCUACGUCUAUGGCGGGGAAGCCUUUAUUUCAUUAUGAUGAGGCCCGGGGUAGAAUGGAGUCUGUGCGGUGGCUCUUGGCUGCAGCUGGAGUAGAGUAUGAAGAGAAGUUUAUACACACUAAUGAAGACUUGGAGAAGUUAAGAAGUGAUGGAGUUCUGAUGUUCCAGCAAGUGCCCAUGGUGGAGGUUGACGGGAUGAAGCUGGUGCAGACCAGAGCCAUUAUGAACUAUUUUUCCAGCAAACAUAACCUCUACGGGAAGGACAUGAAGGAGAGAGCCUUGAUCGAUAUGUAUUCAGAAGGGUUGGCAGAUUUGAAUGAGAUGUUUAUUCUCUACCCAUUUGACCCACCUGGGGUGAAAGAGGCAAAUAUUGCUCUGAUGAAAGAGAAAGCAACAAACCGUUAUUUCCCUGCCUUUGAAAAGGUGUUUAAGAGCCAUGGACAAGACUACCUCGUUGGUAACAAGCUAAGCAAGGCUGAUAUUCACCUGGUUGAAAUGAUCUACAACAUGGAAGAGUUGGAUGCCAACAUUAUAGCCAACUUCCCUCUGCUGCAGGCUCUGAAAACCCGAAUCAGUGACAUGCCCACCAUAAAGAAGUUUCUGCAGCCUGGCAGCCAGAGGCAGCCUCCUGUUGAUGAGAAAAGUAUAAAAAAAACCAGGAAGAUUUUCAAGUUUUAGUGAUGUGACAUGGAUCAAGUACUAUGCCCACAUGCUGACCCUGAACAUUGGGAGCUAAUGAGCUUUCUCACUUGAGCAUAUUAAUGAAAUAAUGGGCUUCUAUGACACUGUUUAAUGAAAACUAUUUUAUUAUGGAUAUGCUGUGGAAUUGGUUUUCUAAUUUUCUGAUGUAAUGCUUUCCUGUAAUAAAAAAUUAAUAAAAAUUGUGGAUUAUGUA